AUGAAAAGUCGUAAUAAUUUUGGAAUUCGACUCGAAUACUAUCAACGAAUGGUACAAAAUGUCAUUAUGAUACAUCAGAACCCAGUUACCGGUUUGUUUCCUGCCAGUCCAGACAAUAAUCACGCUUGGAUAAGGGAUAAUGUUUAUUGUAUAAUGGCUGUGUGGGGAUUAUCAAUGGCAUAUAAUAAAAUUGCUGAUGCUGAUGAAGACAGGGCCACCACUUAUGAACUAAAGCAAAGCUGUGUCAAAUUAAUGAGAGGUUUACUCAGUGCCAUGAUGCAACAGAAAGAUAAGGUUGAAAAAUUUAAAUGUACUCAAAAUCCGUGUGAUUCAUUGCAUGCUAAAUUUAGUUCAGCAACAGGUCAACCUGUAGUAAAAGAUGAUGAAUGGGGUCAUCUUCAAAUUGAUGCCAUUUCUUUAUAUUUGUUAGUUUUGGCUCAAAUGACAGCUUCUGGUCUUCAGAUAAUAUUUAAUCUUGAUGAAGUUGCUUUCAUUCAAAACUUAGUAUUUUAUGUAGAAUCAGCCUAUUGCAUUCCUGAUUAUGGAAUUUGGGAAAGAGGAGAUAAAGCUAAUCAUGGUUUGCCUGAACUCAAUGCUAGUUCUGUCGGAAUGGCAAAGGCAGCUUUAGAAUCAAUGAAUGAACUUGAUCUUUUUGGAGCUAGAGGUGGUCCUUGUUCAAUCAUUCAUGUUCUCGCUGAUGAAGCUCAAAAAUGUCAUGCUGUUCUUCAGUCUAUGCUUCCUAGGGAAUCCAAUUCAAAGGAAAUAGAUUCUAGCCUUCUUGCUGUUAUCAGCUUUCCAGCGUUUGCAGUUGACGAUUCUAAUCUUAUUCAAACAACAAGAAAUACAAUAAUAUCUAAACUUCAAGGGCAUUAUGGAUGUAAAAGGUUUCUCAGGGAUGGGCACAAAACUCCAAGAGAAGAUCCAAACAGGUUGUACUACGAGCCUUGGGAAUUAAGGAUGUUUGAAAAUAUCGAGUGUGAAUGGCCUCUAUUUUUUUGUUAUUUUAUAAUAGAUUCUUGUUUUCAAGGCAAUAAAGAAUUAUCUCUUAAAUAUUCAGAAAAAUUGGAAGAGGUAUUAAUUUCCUCUGAUAAUGACAUCAAGUACGUGCCUGAAUUAUAUGCUGUUCAACAUGACAAUGUAGCUGCAGAAUAUGAAAAUCCUGGAAGUCAAAUUAGAAUUCCAAAAGGUCGUUGUCCCUUUUUAUGGGCUCAGUCUUUGUAUAUAUUAGGAAAACUUUUACAAGAGAAUUUUUUGGCAAUCGGAGAAUUAGAUCCCUUAAACAGAAGAUUAUGCUCCGAAAAAAAACCAGAUGUUGUUGUACAAGUGGUAGUUUUGGCUGAAGAUGAAACCAUAAGAAAUAUGUUGCUUGUUCACGAUAUUCAUCUUCAAACCGUUGAAGAAGUUUUGCCUAUCGAAAUUCAACCUGCCAGGGUUCUCAGCCAUUUAUUCACUUACCUUGGAAGAAAUAAAAAAUUAGGUUUAUCCGGGCGAAGAUCACGAGACGUCGGAAUUUUGAGUACAUCUAAACUGUAUUCUCUAAAUGAUCGAAUAAUAGCAUUCACACCUCAAAAAAUUGAUUCAACUCAUUUUUACAUAGCUUCGGAUCACGAACUUAUGAUUGAUAUUUUUAAAUCUGAAAUUAAUUUUUUAAAAUCGAGUUGGCAAAAUAUGUUGGGCAGACCAUUAGUAAUACUAAAUCUAAAAAAUAUUCAUUUGGAUAAAGGUAAAAUACCUUUAGGAAUGGUUACAACUAUUAAAAAACUAAAGUCGGGUUAUAUUAACGGUACCCGAGUAGCUUUUGGAAAUCUAAAUGAAUUUCUUACCACAUCAAAUAUCACGAAUUUGAGUUUUUUAGGUAGUCAAGAAGAAGGAUAUCCUGAUAGAUUAGAUCCCGAUGUUGAAAAAUAUUUAGAAGAACAUUUAAAUAAAAAAAUAACUAAAUCUAUACUGAAUCCAACUACUAAGAGUAUGUCGAAAGGUGAUAAAUUUAUGAAAAGAAAAAUAAGCGUUAAAGGAGCCAUUAAAAAAACUCGAUCGAUCACUGUUGAACCUGAUUCUCUCGGUUUACAAAUGGAUGAAUGUUUGGUACCCCGAAGAUCAUCUUUAAAAGACAUUGGUAAUUCGGAAAAUUUUUCGAAGGAAGAAGGACCAAAACGUAGUUCUUCACCGGAAGAAGUGAGUCAGGAAUGGAAAGUCGAUAUUUUAAAAAUAAAAUUAUUAAAUCGUAAUCGACUUGUUGCUUUCUUAAGAUUGAUGUCUGAAACGCAAUAUGCAGAUACCGAAGUCGAAGAAUUGUUAACAAUGUUGAAAGAAACAGAAAAUUUAGAAGAAGAAGGAGAUAUUUUACAGUAUUUAGUCGAUACGCAAGGUCUUCAAUUCAGUACAGGGGUAACUCAAAAUGGUAAAAUCGUUACCGUCAAGGAUUUAUUAAAGACUCUGUACGUGAAAGCUUGCGAACAAAAAUUGUGGGGCCUCGUGAGGCAUACGGCUGGAGUUCUCGGAAAACGUUCGGAUGAUUUGGCAAAAUCUGUGACUGAUUUAGUUGUGAGGCAAAAACAAGUGACAAUUGGAAUGCCGCCUGUGAGCGAACAAACAAUUACGGGAGCUAUUCCAGAUUUAGAAUUGCGACAAUUAAUACAUCAGGCUUACGGGGAUGACCAAAGCAGUUCUAUGUUAACCCAAGAACUAAUCGUUUAUUUAGCCGUGUUUAUUCGUACUGAACCACAAUUAUUUUUGGAAAUGCUGCGGCUUCGAGUCGGCCUGAUAAUACAGGUAAUGGCGGCUGAAUUGUCAAGAAGUUUAAGUUGCAGCGGAGACGAAGCAUCGGAACAUUUAUUAAAUUUAUCACCGUUCGAAAUGAAAAAUUUACUCCAUCAUAUUUUAAGUGGAAAAGAAUUCGCAUUGACGAGUGUUGGAAGAGGAAACUAUUCGAUUAUUAGCUGUAAAUCUAGUAGAGUCAGUAAAAAAAGUCAAAUAGGAUUAUCAUUAUCUGGCGUCAGUUCGGAAAAUGAUGAUGAUGAACGUUCGGAAGAUCGUCAAGGACAAUGGCUGAGAAGAAGAAGAUUGGACGGAGCUUUAAACAGAGUUCCUAGAAAUUUUUAUCCUCAAGUUUGGUCAGUUCUCGAAAAGUGUCAAGGUUUGGCCAUCGAGGGACGAUUACUUCCUCAAAAUUUAACGCAAGAGAUGACUUCGGGAGAGCUUAAAUUUGCUCUGGCGGUAGAAACUGCUUUAAAUUCAAUUCCACAACCUGAAUAUAGGCAACUCAUGGUCGAAGCAUUAAUGGUUUUAACCCUAAUCACCGAGCACAAUGCCAUUAAAUGCUUGGGUGGUAUCAUUGCUGUAGAUCAACUUGUUCACAAAGCUAAUGCCAUGUUUUUACAAGAUCAGAUUAAAGUUGGUGGAGAUGCUACACUUUGUUGUGCCAAACGGGGAGAUACAAGACAAAAUGAUAGUUUAGUCUGUGGUGGUGCCGCGUAUAUUUGUCAGCAUUUUUAUGAUAGUGCUCCGAGUGGAAGUUAUGGCACCAUGACAUACAUAACAAAAGCUGUAGCCUUAUUAAUCAAGUCUUUACCUGAUGAUCAAGUUUUAGAUUGUUCUAUUUGUUAA